GUCUCGGCUGCUGCUGGAGAAGAGCAACAUGGCGCUGGGGAACUGCUGGAAGCAGCUGUCGUGGUUCUACUACCAGUACCUGCUGGUGACGGCGCUGUACAUGCUGGAGCCCUGGGAGAGGACCGUGUUCAACUCCCUGCUGGUGUCGGUGGCCGGCAUGGCUCUCUACACCGGCUACGUGUUCAUGCCGCAGCACGUCAUGGCCAUCCUGCACUACUUCGAGGUGGUCCAGUGAGCCGGGGGCUCCCCCACGGACCUGUCCCAUCGCUGGCUGCCCGUCCGCCGGCCCUGCACCUGUCCGUCGGCCCACGUUUCCUCCAGAACCUCCUUACUUUUCAAACUUUUACUUUUCUUUUUUUGCGUGUUUAAGUUUGCACAAGAGGCCCUUGUUUUCCUUCUCUGAGUGCUCUGCAACAUUCCUGGAAACGUCCCUGGUUUCACCUUGUUUUUAAACUGAGUAACAGUCUGGAUGUGACGGUAAAGCCAUGGUUGCUAUGGUAACACCAUGGUUGCUGUGGAAACACCAUGGUUGCUAUGGUAACACCAUGGUUGCUAUGGUAACACCAUCACUAUGGUCCUGAUCCUGACGGGGGAACGGUCCACACGCAGGACGGUGGUUUUCUCCCCCCGGACGUUUCAGCGGGACCAUUCUCAACCUGCAUCAUUUUUGUGUUCCAGCUGUUUGAACGGAAGACUCUGGACCAUAAUCACACGUCUCACUCCUCCGUCUCACUCCUCCGUCUCACUCCUACGUCUCACUCCUCCUGCGUUUCCACCCGUGUCCUGUAAAUAUGAAGCUUAUCAAAUGUUUAAUAAAAGAGAAGGUAAUUUUGA